CUUUAUUUUAUUAGAAGGACUAUCAUCACCUGUGGAAGAUAAACAUGUUUUUUUAUUUUUCCCAAAGGACAGCACAAUCGUGGGUCAGGCAAUGUUUGUUUUCCAAGCUCACAUGAUGGAAAAUGAAGAAAUGGUUUGGUAUAUAAAGAGUCCCUUCCUCCACUUUGACUCUGAUGUCAAGAAGUGACUAAGAGCAAUAUUUAUUCCAAUCCCAGCUUUCAGCAAGUUCAGUCAUGGUGGAUAACAACGCAACUCCCUUGGCUGGUCAGAAUGAAGAGUUUGACUAUCCCAACUCCUUUAACUAUAAUUACAGUGAUUACGAGACUAAUGAAGAUGAAGAUGUGACAAAGACAAGGACUUUUUAUGCUGCAAAGAUAGUGAUCGGGGUGGCUCUUAUCUGCAUCAUGCUGAUAUGUGGCAUUGGGAACAUUAUCUUCAUUGCUGCACUUGCACGCUAUAAAAAAUUGAGAAAUUUAACCAAUUUGCUUAUUGCCAAUCUGGCCAUUUCGGAUUUUAUUGUAGCUAUUGUGUGCUGUCCCUUCGAAAUGGACUAUUAUGUCGUGAAACAGUUAUCGUGGGAGCACGGGCAUAUCUUGUGUGCCUCUGUAAAUUAUUUAAGAACGGUUUCUUUGUAUGUGUCAACAAAUGCUCUUCUAGCAAUAGCUGUGGACAGGUAUUUGGCAAUUGUUCAUCCAUUAAAGCCUAGAAUGAAUUACCAAACUGCUUCAUUCCUGAUUGCCAUGGUUUGGAUCACCUCUUUACUAGUAGCCAUACCUUCGGCUUAUUUUGCUACAGAAUCUGUACUUUUUAUUGUAAAGAAUCAAAAAAAGAUUUUCUGUGGCCAAAUAUGGCCGGUCGAUCAGCAGGUGUAUUACAAGUCUUACUUCCUCUUUAUUUUUGCCAUUGAGUUUGUUGGUCCCGUCGUAACAAUGACUUUGUGCUACGCCAGAAUAUCGAGAGAACUUUGGUUCAAGACUGUUCCUGGCUUUCAGACGGAUCAGAUCCGAAAACGCCUCCGGUGUCGCAGGAAGACUGUUUUGGUGCUGAUGUGCAUUCUCAUUGCUUAUGUUUUAUGUUGGGCUCCAUUUUAUGGCUUUGCCAUUGUUAGAGACUUUUUCCCAACUGUGUUUGUGAAGGAGAAACAUUAUCUUUCAGCUUUUUACAUCGUAGAAUGUAUUGCCAUGAGCAACAGCAUGAUCAACACAAUGUGCUUUGUGACUGUUAAAAAUAAUACUAUAAAGUAUUUUAAGAAAAUUAUGCUGCUAAGAUGGAAGUCUACGUACAAUGAAAGUAGAUGCAGUGGAGAGCUAGACCCCAAGUCCAGCGCGGUGCCAGUUACUGAGGAGGUAGAUUGCAUUAGACUGAAGUAAUUAAUGCAUUAUGUAGUGUGUUUGCUAUUAUUAUAUUGCCUGUGUUACAAUGUUACAAUUAAUACUUUUAAAGGUACAGGGAUUGUUAUUACAGCUAUUAUUGCAUUCUUUGUGU